AUGUCGACUACAGUACGCGCACCGCGGGAACGGCAAUUUCACGUUGUACCUGUGCCGGGAGUGUUCACAAGAGGACGAUGGAAGUGUCGUGAUUAUCGCGAUGACGAUCAUUCAGAACGUGAUCAUAUUUUGGAUUUCACAGAAGCCCGAGAACGAGAGAUCACGACUGAGACUGGAAACGCUGCGGCCGAGAAGGCGCCUUCGAAUGAACGCACCGCGGAGUCGAAAUCUGCCCACGACGUGAAGGAAUCUUCCACCAUUGUGGUCACCUCCAUUGCCCCAGCCCCUGUAACGCCACAACGUGCGAAUACGCCUCGUGAAGCCACUGAGCGUGCUAUGCGAGAUUUGGAACGAGGACAUCAAGCCAAGAUCCUUUCCUUGGACAAUGACGCUGUCCCUCCAGUACUACCCAAAAUGCCAGGUGCUGAAGGCACUACCAGCCCAGCAGACGAGGAACAUCCACUUCCAGGCAAUGGUGCCACUCUACCAACGCCAAAUGUGGUCGCCAUUGACAAUAAAAUCGAACAAGCGAUGGAUCUGGUAAAAACACAUCUAACAUUUGCCGUUCGAGAAGAGGUGGAGGUGCUACGGCAAACGAUUGUCGAACUUGAACAGCGGGUUGCAUCGUUGGAAAGCGAAAAUCAACUACUACGACAGUAUGCACCAGCAGACGUCCUAUCCAAUAUCAGUACAUUAGUUCAGCAAAGGAAACUUGCCAGUGCCGCUGCACCACCAGCGCAAAAUCCACCCGCUGCUGCUCCCCCGAAAAAAUAA